UUGGGUCUCUGUUUCUGACUCCACAGUGUACCAGCACCAGUUAAGUUGGCACAAAAAAAACGUAGUAGUCACUUGAGCUUGAAUAUGACUGCAGAAAUUUGGGACGUUAUUAUUGUUGGCGCGGGACUAUCUGGACUAAGUGCGGCUCAUUUGCUCAGAAAAAGGAAUGCCAAGUUGAGAAUACUGAUAUUGGAAGGAAAAGAUCGGGUGGGAGGUCGCACAGUGUCCACUGAAAUACCGGCAGCCAAUGGUGUUGAUCGCUGGGAUUUUGGAGGGCAGUGGGUAGGACGAACCCAAACACACAUCUUGGAGCUUAUAGAGGAGCUUGGCUUAGAGACCUACGAACAAUUCAAUAUUGGCAAGAAGGUGCACCACAUGGGAGGGCCAGGUGCCAAAGUUCGCACCUACAGAACCAGUAUUCCUGCUCUGUCCCCAGUGGUGCUAAUGGAUCUUACCCAGCUCCUGUGGAAGAUUGACAGAUUGUGUGCCACAGUAUGCGUUGAGGAUCCUUCGAGGACUCCCAACGCUGUUGAGCUGGACUGUAUGACCCUGCACUCAUACAUUGAGCAACACGCGUGGACUACAGAACUCAAAGAGGAGAUGGGACUGUGUAGCAGGUCUGUCCUUGGCAUGGAGCCAUCCCAGAUGUCCUUUCUAUUCUUCCUCAUGUAUGCUGCAGCAGCUGGAGGGCUACUGCCACUGCUGGAGAGCACUCCAGGGUCUGCUCAAGAGCUCAAGAUAAAGGGAGGCACCCAACAGCUUUCACAGUGUCUGGCAGAACGUGUUGGGUGGAAGAAUGUCCGGCUGGGUUCUGCUGUGACGGCCAUAUGGCAGGAUGCUGAGUGGGCCAGGGUGACGACCAUCGCCAACACCUUCUUGUGCAGAGCUGUGAUCGUCACCUGCCCCCCUCAUUUGGCAGCAAGGAUCCGCUACCAGCCAGCCCUGCCCAGCCAGAGAGAAUUCCUUACUCAGAACAUGCCUGUGGGCCACAUGAUAAAAUUCAUUAUUACCUACCAGACGGCUUUUUGGAGGAAGAAAGGCUUCUCUGGGGAAAUAGUGACAGGAUCCUCUACCGAGUGUCCAUUCUGUGUUACCUUUGAUGCCACCAGCCCCAAUGGUAAUGCUGCCUUGGUAGGCUUCAUUGCUGGCGAGCAGGCAUCCCAAUGGAGCUCCAAGGAGGGUGGGGAGAGAAGAAAAGCUGUGGUUUCCAGUCUGGUCAAAUACCUAGGUCCUGAGGCCGCAUCUUUCAUCCAUUAUGAAGAGAAAGACUGGGCUAAGGAGGACUACAGCGGGGGCUGCCCUGUUAAUGUCAUGGCACCAGGUCUGCUAACAUAUUACCACCCUAGCCUGAGGAGGCCCUGUGGCAGGAUCCACUGGGCAGGCACAGAGACAGCCACCCUGUGGUGUGGGUACAUGAGUGGCGCAGUACAAGCUGGUCAGCGAGCUGCUCUGGAAGUACUGGCUGAACUCUGCCCAAUGACCCUGACCCAGGAGGAGUGGGAAGCAGUGCAGCACAGUCAAACUGUUCAGGGUGCCGCCAAGCAAAAACCAUCAUCCAAACUCAUGCAUAUGUCUACAAGCAAAGCUAUGGUCAUAGCAACACUGGCAAUAAGUGCAGCACUCUUGCUGGCUCAGAAUCAAAAUGCACUGGUAAAGGUUAAAAUCUACUUCUCAAAUGUAUUUUCAGCAACCAAUCGUAAUAUAUUCCUAUUGUAACAGAGACCUGUAAACACCUGUACAUUCCACCUGCUUAGACUGAAUGAACAAUUAAAGUUUUUGCUGGAGCUGA